CUGCCCGCUCAGCGAGAUGGCUGUUGCAGCACGUUGACGUCGGCAAUAGCCUCAGCGUAAGCGGUCGCAGACUUUCCCGGCUCCGGGCUGCUGUUCUUUGAUUCCGCACGUUCAGUGGUGAACGUGGCGAGAGCGUCCACGCUUUCUUCACAGCAAUCAGGGCCGCCGUCAUCCCUAGAGGAAAAUAGCCACGCAGUACGAAAGCAGGAGAGGACAGCCUGCUCUACUCACUGUGAGUGCAUACGUGGACCCGACGUCGCGCUGUUCACCGACAGUAAUUAGGCGCGAGCGGAAGGACGUCGGAGCUCGUCAUGGACCGGCCUGCUGCAGCAACCGCCGACACGGAGACCCCACCCUCUGAACCCCGCGGGUGGUCGCGGGUGCUCGUGUCCGUCUGUUCGCUACUGUUCGGUGUGAGCGCCUGGGUGAGCGUGAAUGGCCUCUGGGUGCAGAUGCCGCUGCUCGUGCCCGUACUGCCCGAGGGCUGGAACCUUGGCUCCGUGCUCGUCAUCGUCAUCCAGGUUGCCAACGUGGGACCGCUAGCGUACACGCUCGCACGCAACCAUCUCGGGAUCCGUUCGUCAGUGCACGUGACGCUGCUGGUGGGCCUGACAGCGAGCGUGCUGAUGGUGUUCCUUUGGCGGCGCACGGUGGGCGAACACAGCGUGGCCUUCAUCGCUCUCGCCUUCUUUCUGUCCUGCGUCGACUGCACCAGCUCGGUGCUCUACAUGCCCUUCAUGGCCCGCUACCCGCCGCAGUUCCUCUUCUGGUACAUGGUCGGCGAAGGAUUGAGUGGCCUCGUGCCAGCUGCCCUUGCCCUGGCACAGGGAGUGGGGGCGGCGGACAAGGCGGAUCCUCCAAGGGGCCCUCGUUUCAGCGUGGAGGCAUUCCUCUCCGUGCUGUCUGUCAUCGUGGCACUCAGCUGGCUUGCCUUCGCCGCCCUCGGCCACUGGCCUGUGGCCACUGCGUUGCAGGUUCCCGACAAGAAAGGCCUGCGGUAUGGUGCGGCUGAGAAUCGGGGCUACGAGCCCGACAAUGAAGUGGCCACUGCCACGAGCGAAAAUGGUGGGGCUGGAGUCCGGCGCUCUUCGGGCGAGAGCUCUUCGCUGAGUAGACAAGGCCGCCUCAAGCGCUCUCAGUGGUGGCUCGUGCUAGGUUUGCAGGCCGUCAUCGCCUGCCUCGGAAACGGCGUCCUGCUCGCCAUACAGACCUAUUCGAGCCUUCCGUACGGCCAGCUCGCGUACCACCUGGCCACCAACCUUGCGGUGAUCGCCAACCCGGUGUCGUGCGCCGUGGCCGCCCUGCUGCCUCUCAAGAGCCUCGGGGGACUCGCGUUCAUCACGGCGGGCGGCCUCGGCUGCGCGGCCUACAUCUUGCUGCUGGCCGUGCAGAGCCCAAAUCCAGUCCUCGUAGGAACGGUCGCCGGAGCGUCCAUCAUGGUCCUGGCCUGGGUGCUGUUCGUGUCCCUGACGACGUUCGUCAAGUGCCGCCUGGCAGCGGGCACCAUGGCGCACGGCGGCGCGCGCUCGCUCCUGUGGUACGGUGUCGCCACCCAGGGGGGCUCCUUCGUCGGCGCCCUGGUCAUGUUCGUGCUCACCAACUACACCCACACAUUCAAGUCUUCUUGACCGCCGAAUCGACACGCAGCGGGCCUUCGCACUCCAGACGGGAACCUUGAUGCGUGACGAACAAUUUACGUGACCAUUUUGACUUGUGCCGCGGGGCUGUCGAGCGACGACGACGCACCACCAUAUGCCACGUACCCUUUCCUGUCAAUCUGCGAAGCAAUGUGCUUAGAGGAGCUCCCUAGAGUGAUUUGAGAGACGAUUGGAUGCUCGCUCGCGCGCGUGUCAUGGCAACGAAGUCGCGUCGCGACGAUCCGUUCCAGAGCCGGCCAUUAAUAUUUGCCCUUAUUUCGACGCAAUGCACCAUAGAGUUAACAUUGCUGAGGAUUUCUAGUAGCUGGUACAGUACUUCGAGAAAGCUCUCCUUCCCGAACGAAUGAGUGCUGACAACGCUAACGAAACAAUCUAGAAGGGCUAGUAAGGAGAGCAGACAUCAACCCUGCAAUGAACUUACGCCUAAUAUGCAUCAAAUGCAGCCCAUCACUCGGCUCCUAUCUGCGGGGAAGCGAUUUUUGCAAGGCACAGCUUGUCAAUGCUGCUCAUCCGCGCUUGAGGGUCUUGGUCUUGCUCAUCCAUGCUGAAGUGCCAUUCUGCGCACAGUUCCGCCAGUGCUACACUGCGAUUUGUGAUUCGAAUACGCUCACCGCCCAAGCCCUCGUUCUUGUCUUAUCUACUCUGAAGGAUACCGGUGAUUUUGAUUGAAUCAAUAAAUACAUCACAUCGCG